AUGUCUCAUGCCUCAGAAUCACAUGGAAUAGUGCUGAAUGACUUCAAAGAUCAUAUUAAAGAUCUCUGGGAGGAUUUACUGAAUGAACGAUUUGUCUUUAGCUUCAGAAACUCUCUGAAGAUUUCAGCUUACAGGAAACUAGAGACUGAAUACAGGAAGUGGUCCUGGAGUCUUCGCAGUGCCAUGAUGGAAUCUGAGAACAAACUAUACAACAAAAUAGAAAAUGAAGCAAUUCAUGAAGUUGAGGAAACUGAUCUUCACAGAGAACUAAAGGAGACAAGAGAAGAAGUGAAAAAAUCAAUGUCUGAAUUAUUUGAGAAAGACAGAGAUAAAGAUAUACUGAUUCAGUGGAAAACAUCAUUUGAAAUCAAAAUCAAAGAGCUUCAGGAAAACAUUGUGAGAGAAACAAAGAGGAAAUUAAAUGCGAUUCUUCAGCAGCGAGACCUGAAGAAAAAGAUUGAUGCUCAGAGGACACAUCAUGAAAACACUCUCUGUGAAAAGAGCAAAGAACUCACCUUUAAACUCAGAGACAAAGCAAAUGAUGGAGAAACACUGAAGAAAGAGUUUGAUUUGUUUUGGAAACAGUGGAUGAAGAUGAUCAUCAGAACCACUCCUGCAGUCAGAGACAUUGACAUAAUGAGAGAUGUGAGAGAGAUACUCAGUGACGUCUAUGACAGUCUUCCUGUAGGUUACUGGAGGGAGAGCAGGGAUAUUUUCACUGUGUCGAGUUAUUCAGAUUAUGUAAAACUAAAGAAACCCAGUGGAAUUGAUGCAUCUCAAAUAAGAUAUUUCGUCACAGAUGUUGCUCAGCAGACAGACACAAUCAUUCAGUCAUUUAACAUUUCAAAGAUGGGCUACAACAUCAGCUGCAUCCAGCUACUCACAGAUUACAUUAAGACAAGACAAAAACAUGAGGAAGGGCAAGUGAAUUAUGUGUUCAAGAAUGAAUUCUUCAUAGAUUUGGUUCUGUCCAUCUGUAAGAGAGCAAACAAGAAGAUCACUGACCAACACAGACUGUCCAGAGAAGCCAAUGAUCCUGUAAUAUAUGUUGAGAAGGAGAGAGAAGAGUAUUAUAGUGUUUUCCUGAAAUACUGUCAUGGAGCUGCAUCAGCUGCUAUUUUUGGUAAGAUCAUCUGUGAGAAACUGAAAGAGCUCAUUGAGCAGAGCGUCUACAAGAAGACUGCCAGAUAUUUAGCAAAUUAUAUGAGAACAGACUGUCAAUCACUGAAUGGAAACAGAUCAAAUCUGGAGAAACACAUCCUGAAGACACUGGCAGAAGAGGAGGAUUUCAACAAAUACAUGAACUACAUUCAUAAUACCAGAGAUCACUACAAGAGUUUCAUCAGAGAUGAAGUCAGGCGGUACAUCACUGAUCAGUUCAGUGUCAGUGUUUUACCCAAGAUGAAGGAUAACAUUAAACUCCUGCAGCAGAAGAUCAUGAAAGCAGCUCAUAAACUAGAAGAGGUGAUAAGAAAAGAACUUGCUGCUAUAAUGUCUGACAUCAGCUGUAGAUUCAACACAAAGUCAUUUCCAGUAAAUUUGGAUUAUAAGUUCAGGCCAGAUGAGCUUCUGAUUGAUCACUUCUGUCAGUGCUGUUGGGUUCAGUGUCCGUUCUGUAAAGCUAUCUGCACCAACACCAUAGAAAACCAUCCUGGAGAUCACAGUGUUGCUUUCCACAGAGUGACUGGAAUUAAUGGAUAUUUGUACAGAGGAACAACAAACUUGUGUAUUAACAUCUGUACCACAGCAGUAGUGAGUGAUCGAUGGCUUUAUCCCGAUGGAUCAGAUGAUAAAGUCCCCUGGAAAGAGUACAGAAGAGCAGGAGGAGUUUAUGCAUACUGGAGCAUCACCCCUGAUGUCUCUGAACUGCCCUACUGGAAGUGGUUUGUGUGCAGAUUCCAGAGAGAUCUGGAGAAAUACUACAUGAAAACAUUUCAGGGAUGUGGUAAAAUACCACAUGCAUGGAGAAGAUACUCAAAACAGGAUGCUAUUGAGAGUUUGGAUAAAUGCCUUUAAUUGAAGAAAUGAA